AAGCAGUAACCGACCGGAGAGCGGACAAAUACAAGAAUGGUGGAUGUGACGGUGUUCUCGGAGUGUUGCGCAUUACUCGGAGAAGGUCCCUGGUGGGAUCAUGCUUCAAAUAGAUUUUUACACGUAGAUAUUUAUGCGAAAUCCUUGAAUCUAUUAAAUCCCAGCUCGGGAAAGCAACAUAAAUACUUAUUUGAUGAUCCUGUUACUGCCGCUGUUAUGAGACAGAAAGGUGGAUCAGCAGUUGUAGCAACAGGACGCAAUAUUGUAUUUUUAGAUUUAGAAACAGACAAAAGAGAGGUAGUAGCUACUGUCCAAGAUGACAAGCCUAAAAACCGAUUUAAUGAUGGAAAAUGUGACCCUGCUGGACGUUUUUGGUGUGGUACAAUGGGUCCAGAACCAGUUCCUGCUGUAGUUGAACCWGAACAGGGAGCUUUAUUUUCAAUGGAUGAAAGACAAUCAGUUAAACUUCAAAUGGAUAAGACAUCUAUCUCUAAUGGCCUGGCUUGGAGUAAUGAUAACAAGACUCUUUACUUUAUUGAUUCAAUUCCAGGGUGUGUAUACGCUUUUGACUAUGAUAUGYCAUCAGGCAACAUUAGCAAUAAAAGAACUAUUAUAAAUGUGGAUUCUUCUUUAGGAGUCCCUGAUGGAAUGACUAUAGAUGUAGAUGGGAUGCUGUGGAUAGCAAUGUAUGAUGGCGGCAAAGUUGUGCGUUACAAUCCUUCAAAUGGAGAAGUUCUACAAACAGUGCUUUUACCAGCUACAAAAACAACUUCUGUCUGUUGGUGUGGUCCCAAUUAUGAUGAAUUACUAGUUACUAGUGAAAGUGUACGUUUGUCACCCGAAGAGAAGAAAAAACAGCCUCUAGCUGGUUCAGUUUUUAAAAUCAAAAACCUUGGGACUUCAGGACGACCAGAUGUUCCAUACAAUGGCUAAAUUACAAUUARAAUUAUAAUUUAGUAAAUAGAGGCUUUUUUGGUGCCCAUCAUUUUUAGAUAGCAUACCUGAUAUAAAGCUUAACAAAGCCUCUUACAUGGGAAUGAUAAAAAAAGGUAAAUUAAUUGUGUGUGCAUAAAUAUAAAACCUCUUGAACAGCAAGCUUAGAUGUUGGAUUUUUUAAAUGAUAAUUUUUUACAAUAGGAUAAUUGGAAAAUUAUACUGUAGCUAAUACAGUCGAAAAAAAAGAACAAAAAAAAAAGUUCUAAAAACUGAUAUAUAGAAUUUCAGAUUUGAACAAAAAGGUAAUCAGUUAGAAUUAUUCCAUUCUUUAUUUAAUCUAUUAAUCUAGGAGAAUGAAUAAAUUGCUCUACUUUAUAAUUCCCAGUUUUGCCUAGCAUUGGAAUAGGGAAAUUACAUUCG